AUGUCAACUCAAGUUAAAAAAAAUUUACAGGAAGAAGAUUUUGAAGAUCCUGUUGAACGUAUGUUGAAAAAAACUGGUUGUAUUGAAUUACAUUAUGAUGUUCAGUUUUUGAGAAGGUUAAAGUAUUUAGUAACCAAAGGUUUACCCAAAGAACCGUACAAAAUGGUUUUGGUUGUGCGAACAGACAUUUCAAUGAGCACUGGAAAAAUAGCCGGACAGUGUGCUCAUGCUGCUGUCGAGUGUUAUGAUAGCUGUAAGAAUAACAAAGUUAAUCAAGAGUAUCUAGAUGCAUGGUUCAUGUUAGGUCAACCAAAAAUUGUUCUCAGAGUGACUAGUGAGGACAGAUUAAAAUCGUUGGCUGUUAAAGCCAGUAAUUGUGGACUUGUUACUGCUAUUAUUAAAGAUGCUGGUAGAACUCAGUUAGAGCCUGGCACUAUUUCAGUACUUGGUAUUGGUCCUGGUCCUAAUAGCAUUGUAGAUAGUGUUACAUCACACCUCAAGUUACUAUGA